AUGUCGAUAUACGACGCUUACCUCCUCCGGGCCGACAUUGUGAAGAACGCGAAUUUCUUCCGGAGGCAACAAAUAGUAUUCAACCCAGGGACUGAAACGUAUGCCUUGAUCACUCGAGAAGGCCGUGUCGGACUCGAAGGUCUCACAAGGACUGAAAUCGAGUCAAAGGAUCUAGGCGAUGUGAUACCUAAGUUUUGCAGGACCUUCCGCGACAAGACGUCCCUGACAUGGAACAAACGAUACGAACUCCCCUCACAACGGCAUGAGAGUUUCAGGUUCGUCGAACUAAACUACCACGAGACCAUGGCGCGCCCUAAGGAGCUCCCGGACUAUGCAGCCGUCGAUGCAAAGGUCAAUGGGGAAGUCAGGGAUCUGAUGGAGUGCUUACUCUUCGGCGGUCCUCUGCGUAAUCGCAACAGCACCGAGAAUCCGAACACGGCGAGAUCUUGGUCAGCAUUCAGCGCCCCAUUUGAGCAGAUCAGUCCGUGGACUGUCUUCUCAGCACUCCAAAUUCUAGGCAGUAUCUGCAAACACCUUGAAUCCGGGAGCACCAUCAAUUGGAAAACAAUCCUGAGAAUAUCGUCGCAGUACCGCAGUCAGAUGCCCUUCUGCGCUGGGGACGACCGGCCCCCAGUAAUAUCGAGCUAUCAUGCUCUCUUUCUCGAGCUAAAGUUCCUAUACUGCCUCUGGCCUCGACAGGAGAUUGCCAACACAAUGACCGAAAUGUGUCACCGAGGAUCCCUUCAGCUUGGAUCGUACAAGGCCUUGGCUCAGCCAUUGUACCAAGCGUACAGUUCCCUGCGGCAUGGUUUCCGCCGCCUGACCGAUGCUUCGACGCUUGAAUUCCAACAGCUCAAGAGCUACCUCGAAGAUUCCAACCACCGAAUUCAUCUUCUAACCCUAGAGCUGCAAGAGAUCUACCGGAUCUUCGUGAAAGCCAAUUUGCCCAACCCAUACAGUGACUGGAUCGAGGCCAAGCAAUACGACGACCCUUGUGGCGGAAUGAGACUCCUCCUGUGGCACGGCACGCCACUCGACUCUCUCCUUGGUAUCCUCGACCUAGGACUACAGAUCCGCAGACGAGGCGCGAGCUGGACGGGGACCAUGUUCGGCAACGGCAUCUACCUCGCCGAUGCGUCGAGCAAAUCCGCCAGCUUCUGCAAGCACGCCUCAUGGGAAGGACAAGGAGUGUUGCUUCUGUGCGAGGCCAACGUCGGGGCGGACCGGAUCCGGACGCAGACAAGCUCGUACGACGGGCACAAGGUCAUCGAGGAGUCGCAGGGCCGGCAUAGAUGUAUCGAAGGGCUUGGGCGGACUGGGCCGGCGAAGUGGAAAGAAGUGGAGUGGGAAUUAGAGCCUCGGGUGGGUGAUGAGAUGCCUUGGAUGGUAGGUGGAUAG